CUUGAAUCGAAUUUUAUUUAUUUAUGCCAAUACUAUCUCUCCGCCGGUGGCCAUUGCUAAUAAACAGACCAAACUAACAAGCAACGCGGCAAAAACCCAGAAAGCACAGAGCAAAACAUUAAAAACCCAAACAUAAAACGGGCGUGUUCAGCUGAACCGCUUCAGCUCAGCGGACAAACCCACGAAAGCCCACAACCGAAAGACGCAAUCUUUACUCGCAUUCUCUUCAUUUUGAUUUGUGGGUGAUGGCUCUGAAUGAAUGACUGAGCUUUAGAUCCCCAGAUGCAGAAGAAGAGCUGGAGAACUUUGGCGGCAGUGAGGAAGGUGCUAACGUGCGCCAUAUGCUCAAUAGCGCUAUUGGCUCUUUUCUCUUUCUCGAAGGUCCCCAACUUCUCUGACCCCGUCAAGCUCCCCACGUUGGACGAUUCAAGUGGGAUUUUGGAAACUAAAAAGCUAUGGAAGCCUCCACCAGGUCUCAAUUUUGUGCCAUGUGUAGAACCAAGUCCCAGUUAUACAUCUCCUACAGAGUCACGGGGUUACCUUCUGGUGCAUACAAAUGGUGGGCUCAACCAGAUGCGUGCUGGGAUAUGUGACAUGGUAGCUGUAGCCCGCAUAUUAAAUGCCACUCUUGUAAUCCCAGAACUUGAUCAACGGUCAUUUUGGAAAGACUCUAGCAACUUCUCAAAUGUUUUCGACGAAGAUCAUUUUAUCAAUGCUCUGGCUAAUGAUAUAAAAAUUAUAAAAAAGCUUCCUAAGGAACUGGCUACUGGCCCCAGAGCGGUUAAACUUUUUAGAAGCUGGUCUGGUAUGAACUAUUACCAAGAUGAGAUAGCUAGGCUCUGGGAAGAAUAUGAGGUUAUUCGAGCUUCCAAAUCUGAUUCUCGCUUGGCAAAUAACAACCUACCUCUAGAUAUACAGAGGCUUCGCUGUCGUGCUUGUUAUGAAGCUCUACGUUUUGCACCUCAAAUUGAAGCAAUGGGAAAAUUGUUAGUCAAUCGGAUGAGGUCCUUUGGUUCUUAUAUUGCUCUGCAUUUACGAUUCGAGAAGGACAUGCUUGCCUUUAGUGGAUGCACACAGGAUUUAUCUUCAGCUGAAGCUGAUGAACUAAGGAUCAUUCGAGAGAACACCCGAUACUGGAGAGAUAAAGAAAUUAAUCCCAUAGAACAAAGAUCCAGAGGGUUUUGCCCCUUAACUCCAAAGGAGGUUGGAAUUUUUCUCAGCGCUCUUGGGUACCCAUCAAGCACACCUAUAUACAUUGCUGCUGGAAAGAUAUAUGGGGGUGAUUCUCAUAUGGCUGAUCUACGAUCUCAUUAUCCAAUACUGAAGAGCAAGGAAACAUUGGCAUCCGUUGAGGAGCUUGAACCUUUUACCAAUCAUGCAUCUCAAAUGGCUGCGCUUGACUACAUUGUUUCAGUUGAAAGUGGUGUAUUUAUACCUUCAUACACUGGAAACAUGGCGAGGGCAGUUGAAGGCCACCGUCGCUUUCUUGGACACAAGAAAACAAUAUCUCCUGACAGAAAAGCUCUUGUUGGUCUGUUUGACAAACUUGAGCAGGGAACUCUGGAGGAAGGCAAAAACUUUUCAGAUAGAGUUAUUGAAAUACAUAGGAAACGGCAAGGCUCACCCCGGAAGAGAAAAGGUCCCGUUGCAGGACUUAAGGGCAAGGAAAAGUUACGUUCAGAAGAACCCUUUUAUGAGAACCCUUUACCAGAUUGUUUGUGUAGGAAAGAAUUUCCAGUGCAAACAACUCUUUAAUCCUCUCAGAUGUUGCAAAUGAUUCCACUUGACAAAGAUUCCUGUGCUGGUAGGGUGGUGACACUAUCAUUCUUUGCAAUUUAUUGUAACUUUAUAAGUUGGUGUUGCCAUUGUACGCGUAGCAACGCGAAGUCUUUGUAUAUAUCACGGUGUUGAAGGGCAAAAUGCAAGAGAAUGCAGGUCGGGGAAUGAAUUGCCGGAGAGGGUCUUCCUUUUAUAACCAAGGCAUCCUUAUUGUGUGCUUUGCAAAGUUUCUAUAAUUAGAUAGAAUGAUUCAUUGGGGAUACUAAAAUGGAUUAUUGUUUGUUUACAAAGUAACAAGCAGUCUUCAUGUAUUCAUAGACAUUCGAUGCAAUAAAAGUGAAAGCAUUGAUUGUUA